AUACAACAGUAUGAGUCGCGUACGGACUUCGUAAACACGUUUUCCUUGUGGUCAUGUAAAUAAAUAAACAGAGACGUUAUUGCAUAUUAAUCUCAUACUUAUACUAGGUACUUUAAUUGGUAGUUUGUUGUUUGUAGAAUAAUAAUAUAUGUAAAUAUAAACAAAAAUGUGUUUAGUGUGACUUGUGAGGUUAGAAUUAAUAUCAUUUAGAAAUGUUUGUUUUAAAAGUGUUGUUUAUUUUGACACUCGGCCAUAAAGUUAUAACACAAAGGAAUGUUGGAGAUCAAUGCGUGGACCAAUACACAAACACAGUCGGCCGGUGUGCCCCAGCCCAGCAGUGCGAAUCGGCAAGACAGGACUUUCAACAAAACGGUAUAAGGCCGACAUUCUGCUCGCAGUCGUUCGACAGCGCCAUCGUGUGCUGCCGGGACGGGAACAACAUCUUCCAAACAGCGCCGCCGCAGGUCGUACAGAAGAAUGGCGAGUUAGUAGAUAUUCGAGAAAAGGAUUGUGCGGCCGUGCCGCUUUUUUGCUCGACUUGGCGUAUGCACUGCAGGCCAGUUUGGGGCACGUCUGGUGCCAGUAACGGGCAAACGGAUAGAAGAAGAGUUAGUCAAAGAAAGUGUGAAGAGUACAGCAAGUCCGUGGUUCAGACGUUCAGUUUCCUCCCGCUAGUGCCUGAGCCCGAGACGGUGUCCAUAUCUGCACCGAAAUGCGACUACGUCAAAGUUGAGCUGAUUGUAGGCGGGGAGAACGCUCAGCUUGGGGAGUUCCCACACAUGGCAGCAAUAGGCUGGGUGAACUUCGAAGACUCAUACUCGUUCAACUGUGGGGGCAGCCUCAUAAGUACCCGCUGGGUCCUCACAGCGGGGCACUGCACGCGGGACCCUAGGGCCAGGGACCCCAACCCGGCUAUCGUCAGGCUGGGGGACCAGAAUAUUGACCCUAGCGUGCAAGAUGGGGCCACUCCUGUUGAGGUCCCCAUAAAGCAGAUAGUGAAACACCCAGAGUAUAAACCCCCCCGCCGCUACAACGACAUCGCCCUGCUUGAGCUGGCCACCGACGUGGAUUUCAGCAACACCAUACGCCCUGCCUGUCUUUGGCAGAGAAAUGAUUUUGACAGCUAUACGAGGGCAGUAGCUACGGGAUGGGGGGUUAUUGACGUCAAUACGAAGGAAACAUCAAAAGAGCUCCAGAAAGUGUCCAUCUCACUACUGGAGAACGAUUAUUGUGACCAGCUGCUCGCCAACUCGAGGAAUAGGAACUGGCAAGGGUUCGCGCCGUCUCAGAUGUGUGCGGGGGAGCUGCGUGGUGGCAGGGAUACUUGUCAGGGCGACUCAGGCGCCCCACUGCAAGUGGCGUCCCGCGACAACCAGUGCAUCUUCCACGUGGUGGGUGUGACGUCGUUCGGCGCGCAGUGCGCGCGCAGCGGCCGCCCCGCCAUCUACACGCGAGUAGCGAGCUACCUGGACUGGAUAGAGAGCGUCGUGUGGCCCAAUCAGUAGACAAAACUAAAAAAUAUAUAAUCUAGACAGAUGUAUUUUGGAAUAAUUAUAGUAUCUUUAGCA